AUGGGAUCGUACGAGACGGUGAGCCAAGAGGUGCUUAGAUCCUCCACCUCCUUCACCGGGGUCGAUUCGUCCUCGGCAUCGCGAGAAGCGGAGCUGACAACCACAGAUGCAGUUCCUCAUGGGUUUUUUGGAGGAGGUGGAGUUUUGGGAGCGAAAGGGUUGGUGAAGAAGGGCGGAGCUUUCAGCAACGGAGGUGUAGGAGCAAAAGGAUUCGUGAAGAAAGGAGGAGCGUUUGGCGAAAAAGGAGAUGGAGUUUUGGGCGCAACCGGAUUUACAAUAAGCGGAGGAGCUUUUGGCGGUGGAGCAAAUGGAUUUAUAGAAAACGGAGGAGCUUUGGGCAAUGACGGAAUUGAUGGAAAUGGAGGAGCUUUGGGCAAGGACGGAGUUUCAGGAAAUGGUAAUUUAGGCCACUGGAAAAAGGGAAAGAAGUCCAUUGGAGGGUGA